CCAUAAGACUCACCUAGGUUUUAGAGGAGAAAAACAAGAAAAAAAAUAUUCUGAACCAAUGGACUGCAGACACAGUACAGGGGAUGACCAGAGACUGCGGACACAGUACAGGGGAAUGACCAGAGACUGCGGACACAGUACAGGAGAUGGCCAGAGACUGCGGACACUGUACAGGAGAUGACCAGAGACUGCGGACACAGUACAGGGAAUGACCAGAGACUGCGGACACAGUACAGGAGAUGGCCAGAGACUGCGGACACAGUACAGGAG